GCCCUCCUCCUUCUGUUGGUGUCGGCAGCCAGACCUCUUUUAGCCCUCUCCCUUCUUUCCUUCCUUUCUGCAGACUCCCUGUACUGAAUUUCUAAGGCCAAAUGAGAUACCAAAACUGAGUCCCCUUCCCAUUCAGAUGCCUCCUCCUCGCUUCCCUUCCCACGCUCUCUUCUUGGCGCCUUCACCUUCUCCUUCCCCUCUCUCACAGGACGACACUCACAAUUCACCUUCGCCUUCUCCUUCCCCUGCUUCUCUUGAUUCCUCCCCAAAAUCUUCACCUUCUCCUUCUCCCCACCUGCAACAGGCUCUUCCUUCUGUUUCCUCCCCUACCUCCACUGGAUGGCCGAAAUUGACACCAGUUCUGCCGUGGAAAUCACCGCCAACGUCACAGCCACCGUUACCAGUGCCGUCAACAUCACCACCACCAAGACCGUCGCUGCCUCUGCCGGUGCCACCGUUGAAAUGGCACAAUCCUGCUACGGCUGCGAAGGUCUUCCCCUCAGAGAGAAAUUCGUCGAGUUCCUCCAGGUUCCCAGCGGCUGCGGUUACAGGAGCCACGGCGGCCUUUGUCGUAGUGCUCGCCGUCGGAUUAGCCCUUCUCUGGUCCUUGAGAAACAGAGCUCGGCCGAACCAGCAGCGGCGGAACAGCGACGCUGACUUGUCGAAAUCGAGUAAGGCCAAUUUUCAUCGAGUUGAUGCUUUGAUGACGGGCAGUUCAAACGCUUCUCCAGCCUUCUCGGGCAAAAAGGCGGUGGCGUCAACGGAGACACCGGUGCUGUCUCCGGCCGCGUCGUGGGUAUGGAGCUACAUGUUCGAUUACGGGGAGCUGGCCGAAGCGACCAACGGGUUUGCGGCGCGGAACCUUAUUGGGGAGGGCGGAUUUGGUUUCGUAUACAAGGGGCGGCUGCCGGAUGGGAAGGAGGUUGCCGUGAAAAGGCUGAAGAAGACGGGAUCUCCGCGGGCGGAGCGGCAGUUCCAGGCGGAGGUGGAGAUCAUCAGCAGGGUCCAUCACCGGAACCUGGUGUCGCUUUUGGGCUACUGCAUUUGCAAGGAUCAGAGGCUUCUGAUCUAUGAGUUCGUCCUCAAUGGCACACUCGAGCAGCACCUCCAUGGGUCCCAAAUGCCGGAGUUGCUUAACUGGGAGCGGAGAAUGAACAUCGCCGUCGGUGCAGCGCGCGGACUCGCAUAUCUCCAUCAAGAUUGUCAUCCCCAAAUAAUUCACUGUGAUGUCAAGUCCUCGAAUAUUCUACUAGACCAGAACUUCAAUCCGAAGGUCUCAGAUUUUGGGUUGGCCAUACUCAUGUCGGACCCAUACGGCCAUGUAACAACUCACGUCGUUGGGACGCUCGGGUACCUUGCACCAGAUUAUCCUCUAUCGGGGAAGAUGACGGACAAGUCGGAUGUGUAUUCAUUUGGGGUGCUGCUGCUGGAGAUUGUGACGGGAAAGAAGCCGAUAGACACAGCAAUGGAUUCGGAUUAUGGCAGCCUUGCCGAGUGGGGCCAGCCACUGCUCGAGAAAGUGCUAGAGGAGAGGGAUGUGACCAUCAUUCUGGACCCAAGACUGCAAAACGGCUCCCGCUGCAAGGAGGACGAAGUGCUCAGAGUGCUGGAGGUGGCCGCUUCCUGCCUGAACCCGUCCCCCAAGUGCAGGCCCAGGAUGAGUCAGGUGGUGAGGAUGCUGGAGAAGGAGGACCGGUCCAGCCUGCAGCACCCGCCCUCGGCGGACGGAGCAGCAGACAGCAAGCAGCAAGAGACGGACGCCACCAACCAGUUGGCGCUCGCCAAGGUCUUCCGUAUGAUGGCCUGCGCCGACCACCAUCAUCUGAUAGACCAUACAGGCGCCUGUAGCAUCGACUUCGAUACGACUUCUUUCUUCUCCAAAUCUAGCUCUACCCAAUAGCACCAUCAUCAACCCACCUUUUUGUCAAAUCGGAAUUUUGUUCAUAAAUAAAACUAAAGUCCCCUUACCUGCCA